AUGGCAACCGCCAAGAAAAAGGUGUCAAUGGGGGGGGUCAAUUCUAAAAUCCAAUUCGAACUCAACCACCCGCCAACUUCCCAAUGGUUCAAAUUACAGGAACAGUUCAAGAAACAACAGAUCACACUGGAGCCCUUCACAGCGAACAUACACAAGGACCAACACAACCAAAUGGGCAUGAUUCAACAAUGCGAACGGUUCAUUCAGCUGCUCAUACAACACACCUCGGAAAGAACACCCCCUGACGUUCUACGAUGGCAGGAGAUCCUCCCCGACCUGAGCAGACAGAAACGAGAGAUUCUGCCCACGAAAGAAUCUGAUUCGGCCACCUACAAAGAAUUUAAACCGUUUGUGAUUUUCGUGGCAAGAAUGGUCAUCACCAACCCGUCAGUUUUUGGCAAGGACUUCACCCCCAUGGGCAACACAGGCACCAUUGAUGAAACCAACAUUAGCCAACUAUGGCUGGCAACACAGUAUCGGUAUGGCAGCAACUGGCAAUUGUAUGUGCAAAACAUCGAAUGGGAUAGGAUUCAGAAAAAGACGCAAAAACCAUUGAGCGUCCUCCAAUCUCUAGCUAGUACAAGCCACCUCGCACCAAUCCCAACCAAAUAG